AUGGUGGGACUUCGUGUCCCUCCUGCUGAUGCGGCUGGUCAAAAUGUUGUCGAGGGGCCUGGAAUUGAUCAUGCUGAAACAUCGGCUGCUGCAUUGAGGGCUGGUCAAAAUGGUCCUCAGCUUCGGGCAUCUCGUCGUCCUCUUCGUCAUCUUCUUCCUCUUGUUCCUCUGCGUCGUCACCCUCAUCAUCACCGAAUUCUGGGAAUACACCUACUUGGGUUAACUGAUCUGGAGGAAGCCAAGUGUCAGGGUCGCCUGUAUCGAAUGAAGAACCGAUCCAACUUGGCAGGAUGUAAACCGGGGCUUUGUCAGAGUCUAACCAACUGUACGUGCGGGUUCCCCGAUCGAGCAACAUCUCCAUCCGGAUGA